UGUGUAGAAGGUGACAGACGGCACAGUAACCUAAACAGUCCUGAGGAUUUUAAUUGAAACUCUUGAAACACAAAAACAAAAGAAAGAAAGAAACACAGAAACAAAGAAAGAAAGAGCAGGAGCGGAGCACCCAGCUGUGGGUCGUUCUUUCUCUUUGCAUGAAUCAGUUGUUCCUGGCAGGAGCGCUGUUGAGUGGUAGAGCAAGCAUCAAUACUGGUUGAGUCUUGCAUCAGACAGGAGCCACGCGCCCUCGAGACAGACGUGCUGCUGCAUGUUCUCUACUCCUAGUGUGAUAUCAUUUUCAGAUUUUGUCGUUACUUAGAAGAACGUGUUCACAGCCAAAGCAUCUCUGUUCAAUCACUACACCAUGGAGCUCCACAAGAUGGUGAACGGCCACUGCGAAAAAAGAGGCGAGGAGGAUGGGUUUGAUUCCCUAGAGAACAUGCCAGAGAGAGAAGAGCUUCUAGACAAAAAUACAGAUGAGAAGAAAGAAGAGAAGAAAGAAGAGUUUACAGAUUUUGUGGGGAAGACAUCAUUUGGAAUGUCCAUCUUUAAUCUCAGUAAUGCCAUCAUGGGCAGCGGCAUUCUGGGUCUAGCAUAUGCAAUGUCCAACACUGGCAUUGUCCUCUUUGUAAUUCUAAUCAUCCUCAUUGCUAUUUUGUCUGCAUACUCCAUCCACCUGCUGCUGAAGUGUGCUGGAGUGGUCGGGAUUCGUGCAUAUGAACAGUUGGGUUAUCGUGCAUUCGGAUCAGCAGGCAAAAUCAUAGCAGCCUGCGUUAUAACUAUUCAUAACAUUGGAGCCAUGUCUAGCUACCUGUUUAUUGUGAAGACAGAGUUGCCAGCUGUUAUUAUAGGCCUAAUGGACAAACAGACAAACUCAGAGUGGUAUGUGAAUGGAAGCUAUCUCAUCAUCAUCGUCAGUAUCUGUGUAAUCUUACCGCUUGCCCUCAUGCGCCAUCUUGGGUAUCUUGGCUACACCAGUGGUUUCUCGCUCACAUGCAUGUUUUUCUUCCUCAUAUCUGUUAUCUAUAAGAAGUUUGUUACUGUGUGUUCAUCUGAACACCUCAGCAUCAGCACCAACACCACAAAUAUGCCUCUUAAUACCACUACACACAACCCUGAUGACUACAUGCACAACAGCACCUGCAAGGCGGAACUCAUCACUCUCACACCACAGGCUGCAUAUACCAUUCCUAUUCUGGCCUUCGCUUUUGUGUGUCACCCUGAAGUGCUGCCCAUCUACACAGAAUUGAAAAAACCAACUAAGCAGCGCAUGCAGAAGGUGGCUAAUAUCUCCAUCCUGUCCAUGUUCAUCAUGUACCUACUAACUGCCAUCUUUGGCUACCUCACUUUCUAUGGUAAUGUAAAAGAUGAACUCCUGAAGAGCUACUCCACCAAUGACACACUGAUGCUGUGUGUACGCCUGGCUGUGUUGGUCGCUGUCACUCUCACUGUGCCUGUUGUUCUGUUCCCGAUCCGCCGUGCUGUGCAGCAGCUGCUGUUCAAUAAUAAACCUUUUCGCUGGGUUCGCCACAUCGCCAUCGCUGUCAUUCUCCUCAUCUUUGUCAACAUCCUCGUCAUCUUCGUCCCUGACAUCAGGGAGAUAUUUGGUGUCAUUGGAGCCACAUCAGCACCCAGUCUUAUUUUUAUACUUCCUGGAAUAUUCUACAUCCGCAUCAUACCUGAAGAACAGGAACCACUGAAAUCUCGGCCAAAGAUCCAGGCAGCAAUAUUUGCAGCUUUGGGCUUCCUCUUCAUGGUGAUGAGCAUAAGCUCCAUCAUCAUCCAGUGGGUGACUGGGGGCAGUAGAGUGGGAGGACACUAACAGACAUUAGCACAGCAGUAAACAGUGCAGUAAAGAUGCACACACAAGCACACACACUUUCCAUCAGUUACCAUCAAACAACGUGGACCUCGAAAACCGAGCAUGUUGCAGCUCAAAGCAGCAACUGAGACAUCGCUGUAAAACAUACUCUGUGAAGAUUUUGCAGAAGGCUUGUGUCAUCUUCUUAUAUAAGUAUCCCGUAUUCUACCACUGUUAUAAAUACUGGACCCGAUGCCUGCCAGAUGGAUGGAUGGAUGGAUGGAUGUAUAUAUGACAGCAGUAAGGAAAACUUUCAUUCAGGAAUUCUCCGAUUUUUUCAGUAUCAGUUUAAUUUCAGUGGCUAAUUAUAGGCUUUUAUUGGAACUAUGAACAGAAACAACACUGAUAAGCGCUCGAACACUGCCACACUGCCAUCCUGACAGAAAACUUAUUGUUUCUUAACCAAUGUAUGUUCAUACUGGAAAAUUUGUUUUUUAUUAAUUUUGAAAUUCCGUCUGAAAUUCCAACAUAAAGACCAAAGACAUAAAGAAAAAAGAAAACUACAUGAGGUUGAAAUAAAAGAUGGUGUGCAACCGAGCUAAAAAAUGUUAGACUAAAAUAAUAUUAGUAGUUAAACAGUUAAUAGAGUAGGCUUUCAGGGAGAAUUACAAACAUGUCAUAUAAAAUUAGUCAUAUAACAUGAGAACUAAUGCAAGUAUAAAAUAUAGCUUACAAAGGAUGUGUUAUAUUUCUGGAGCUCCAAUGUGUUUUACAUCACAGCGGAAUGUUUAAAGAGAAGUUUGACAUUAUGAGGUCAUUGUUUUUGUUGUAAAUUAUUGCACAGCAAAGAAGAUAGUUCUGAAAAGUGUGUGUUUUCAGUACAUCUUAAUGCACAGAAAGGCUGCAGAUCUUAUAAAGCGCUGAGUUUAAUUUAGUUCCCGUGCAUGCAGAUGGAUUUUUAUGACUUUUCUAUUUGUAAAUGCUGAUUGUUUUCUUUGAUUACUCAUGAAGAUCCCUCCUACUCCAACAAUCUACAGUAUAAUUUAUGUGAUUUAACUCGUUUUUACUGCACAUUCCUCUUGAAGUCUUUUCAGGUUUUCUGACCUGCUUUGUGAUAAAUUAUUUGUACCACUCGGUUACCUGGAUAGGUUUUAAAUCAGCCCUGCAGCACAGAGAACGUUGGGUAAUGCUUUAUGUUAAUAAUAAUAUAUAUACAGUAUAUAUACUGUAUAUAUGCAUUGGCCUGAGAAAACGCUUCCCACUGUCACAUUUAUUCUAGUAUACAUACACACACACACACUAUAUAUAUAGCAGAACAUUUCUGAAAAAUUUCUUUUUUCACAUGCAGAAAGAAGCUACAUGUAAAAAUCUGGUUACCCCAGAAGUUAAAAUAAAAAACAAACAAGAAUCACAGACAAUUUCACAAUUAAAAGAUGAUCAAACUGAAUUUAUUAGCAUUUCAGUUACCAUGUAGCUCCCUAACAGCUUCAUUAAAGCUUGAAAUUCACACGUACCCUCUAUGAACUUUGACAGAAGAAAGCAUAGGGAAGAUUAAAAACAUAAAUAUUAGCUUUUCCAAGUAAUUUCUGUAAGUAUGUUUGUCAGAUUUCAGCUGCAGUGACAUCUAGUGGUUUCUUAAACCACCACACCGAUGACUUCUGUUGUAUUACACUCCUGUCACACACAAAAAAUUGUGCACUUUUAUUUGUCAGCUUCUGGUUAUUUUGUCAACACACACUGAAGAUUCAUGUCAUCAGCCAUGUAUAGUUUUGUCUGUGUAACCAGUUUAUGAAGUGCUGUGUACUGUAGGUCAUGUGAGCAGUAUUGACCCGUUCAACCAAAAGUGUUGCCAACUAUUAUAAAAUUUGGGAUAAAAAUAAUUUUAUAUAAAUUUUGUAUAAAUUUAUGACUACAGGCACCAUGAACAGGAACAAGAAGCAUUUGUGUACAAAAUUUUAAAAUAAACAUAAGUUAUUUGUUAUUUGUAAA